UGUCCCAGCUGUUCACUUAUAGUUCGAGUCAUAUACAACAUUGAGGAUUUUGCAGAGUAUGAAGAAGAAAGUGAGUCUGUUACUAAAGAGAAGCCACUAGCAACAAAUUAGUUCUGAACAAUUGCAAAAUAUUAUCCUUGUUUCAGAUAACAGUAUGGGUGGCAGAGGUCGUGGUGGUGGUAGAGGCAGGGGCCGUGGAAUGACCUUGGAGCAGCUUGGUGUGCAGAAGGGUGAAGUUUUACCAGAGAGAGUUGUUGGCCCCCCUGAGACAUAUCCUCCUCUGGAAUUCCGCCCAGUUCAACCCACUCAAGAGAAAAAUUUAGCAGAGUCAUAUCUGCUGGUAGUUAAAAAGGAGUACCGAGAACACAUGCAAAAUUCCCAGUAUUAUAUUCAGCCUGGAAUCAAGAGACCUGACAUAGAGAGGUACUCGGACAGAUAUCAACUGCUUGCUAGCCAUCAUGGGCAGCUAACACUCAAUUGGUCUAGGUUUCCAAAGGAACUCCAUCCCUCCACACCAUCUACCUUAAGUAAAAAGAGAAAGGCACGUUCGGUAAAAAUUAAUGUUAGUGUUAAAAAAGCUAGACAUAAAGAUAUUAAUGAUAUUGAAAGAUUUGAAGCUUUAGAAAAAAAUGAAGCUACUUUAGAUGCUGAGGAGGCAGAGGAAGGAGAAGAUGAAGAGAAAACUGAAGGUGAAAUAUUGGAGGAAAUGGAAGAAGCUGAUGAAGAGUUAGAUGAAGGGACAGAUUAUGUGAACAACUACUUUGAUAAUGGUGAUGAUUAUCUUGAUGAAGAGGAUGAUGCACUUGAAGAAGGUGGAGUAUUUUGAAAUAUUCAGUUGACAAUGGAAUGUUACGAGUAUUCAGACAUGGCUUGUUACUCAGUGUAUUGGCUUUUUAUUUUGAUGUAGUUACUAUUGGCCAUAUGAGCCUACAUCCUCGGUAAGUAACUGUCAAGGUUGUUGUUAUUUUGACACGUCAACUGUAGCACUUUAUGGAAUAUUUUAUUUCUACGUUAACACCAUUACAGUACUGUACUGUAUAUUAAAUGAAUAAUUUAUAUAGAUAAAUUAGUUGAUAUACAAUUUUAAUGCUAAACACAAGCUCUUUAAUUUUUAGUUUAUAUUACGUUAUUAAAUAUAAAUGAACUUGUAUGAUUGAAAUACAGUACUGUAUCUCCAUUCAGAUAGUAACUGAUAUGUUGAAAUGUGAAUGUUUUAUGCAGUGUUAAAUAUCAGUGAAUAGUUUUCUGGAGGGAGCCUCCCAGUGGCUCCCUCAACCUAUUUUGCUGAGAUUGCUCCAUACUAAAAAGUCACAUCAUUCGUGGAAGUUGUGUUUGGCCUAUAUCGACUACAGCCCGGUUGGUCCGGCACUUCUUGCAGAAAACUGUCAAUUUCUUCAUGAAGACUUACACUUUUGUUCCUGCCAUAUUUCUUUUAUUUGCUGACACCUCCACUCUUUACUGACUCUAUUCUGUAUUUCCAUCCAUAUCAUUCACUCCAAUAUGUUGUUUUACUGUGCAAAUUUAGCACCUGGCCCUCCAAUAUUUUCCAUGUAUAUAUUAUUUGAUACCUCUUUCGAAUCUUAUAGUGUACAUUUUCAGAGCUCUGAAAUAAUGCAAUAGUUGGUGCUUAUCGUAUCUGUGUGCUGUACAUGUUCUCUGUAUUCCCACUUAUUUCAGCAAUUCAACUGCUCUGAAGGGGGGGAAUUGCGUAUCGAGCUUGGAGAUUGACAUUUUAACCUGGUGUUCUGGUGGCUCAAUAUUUGGCCAGUGUUCCUAGUCCCAGUCGGUUGUGUGUUGUUUUGAGUCAUGUCUACUAGUCUGGUUUUGCUUCAUCCUAGUGCCUGCCCCCUAUUCUCCUUCCUGUUAAGCUGCAUUUUUUGUUCUUUGUGGUUAGCUGUACAAAACUAAUAGAGGGCUUUCUCCAGAAACCCAGUGUUGAAUGUAAUGAAAUGCCCGUUUCUGGAGGAUCCCUGUGGUGGCUCCCAGACACCCACCCUUCAAAACAGGUCUCGGGCCAGGCUGCCUAGUGAUGACAAUUAGUACUAACAAGUUCCAAGCUAAUUUGAAUGAAUCCCUUGUUCUGUGAAUUGUUUGCGGAGUUGUUUGGUAAUUUCAAGGCUUCGUUUGAGGUCAACCCUCUAAGUUGUCUGUAAAGUUUCACAAACUUUCUGGAGGCUUUUUCCGGUGCAGCGGCAGAUCGUCACUUGCAUCCUAUGCUUCCAUGGAGGAUUCUGGUCUCUUAGGCCAAACAAAACCUCCACGGCUGAUUGUGACCUUUCACUAUGGAGCUAUUGCUGCAAGAUAGCUUCAGGGAGCCACCAUUACUUCUCCAGUAAGAGGCAUUUCGUUAUGUUUAAUGCUGGGUUUAUUCUUUGUCAGCAAAAAAUAUUUGAUAAACAUACGCAGAGUCAUGCCACUAACGUGAUUGCAUCAAUAAGAUAAUCCAUAGUAGCAGUGAUGAAGGUUUGAACCUGUGCAGUGGAUGUUCCCACGCACACGCUUCUAAUGACUAGACUAGAACCCUCUAGCGACUAGGUUUGAACUCUCAUCACUGCUCUUUCAGAUUUUCUCAUUAACAUCCUAACUCUUUAGCAAGUUAACCUGUUGUUCCUCGUGCUUACUAUAUGACAUCCUCACAUUUGUCCACUAAAUUUCUGGGAUUACUGUAUUUUUUUAUUGUAAUUACUAUAUAAUAAUUCCCAUUAUUAUUUUUUCACAUUCUAAUCAGAAAAAUGCACACGUUUCCUAACUUUUAAUUUUUAUUCUCUUCACUGUUGUAUUCUAAACAGGAUGCCAUGUAGAAUUUUCCUAAAUUUCUGCCAUCAUAAACCUUUACCUCUCAAGUGUCACAGUUUAAAAGCCAAGCAUCAUUGUUGUUGGAAGAUAUUUUGUGCAGGUUGUUGUAAAUGAGUACGCGUUGCUGUGAAAUUAUAAGUUGUGAUAGGGCUCUUCAGAACAAAUAAGGGUACUGAUAUAAAUAUGGUAUAGAAACUAAAAUAUGUUGGAAAAAAUUGUAAAAUGUAUGUAUAUUUUAGGUAUUAUAAUUUCCAGAUUGUUGUAAAUAAUAAAGUACACAUACUGUACUAGAAAAAUACACAAGGGAAUCACAUUAUCUAAAUGUAUUUCUAUUUUGAAACUGUCCCUGAAAGGGGCAUUACAAUAUCAAUUUAGUGAUGUUUAGAAUUUACCUGAUGGAGUGAGAUUAUCUCUAUGGGCCUACCUCAUAAUUGUUCUUGUAUGGUACUUCAUGUACUAGCUCUCAAACCAUUCAGAUUUGGAUAUAAAUGAAUACCUAUAAUCUGU